GGCGGCUAUGGGCAGCUCGAGGAGGCAGCGCCCUCUAGCUGUGGGCGGAGCACGUCGCGGCUGCCGUAAAGUUCAGCGUUUGGCCGGGGAGGUCAUUGAAGGAAGCAGAGGACCCCAGUGUAACCAUGCUCCGCCUGUGCCUGAGGCUCCGCGGCCCUCUCCGCGCUGUCCAACCGGCCCGAGGCCCAGCCAGCCCCGCGGGCCGCCUGCGGAGAUACCACGCGGGCCCCGGGAGCCGCCUGCGAGCCCUGACCGGUAACACAGCGACCUCGGCCGGCAUCACAGCGGCGGGGAGACACGGAACCCCCCCCGGGAGGAGAUGGUACAGUCUGCCACCGCACCAGAUGGUAAGCCCUGCCUGGCCGGGGGGGACGGACCAUUAACACAAUAUGGGGGUUACAGAGCACCCCAAAACAUGACAUGGGGUGUGCUGCCAGAACCCCCCCCCCCCAUACAUCACCCCUACAGACUGAUAGACUAAAUAGGAAAAAUGGGUAUAUAGCAUUCAUAUGCUGCUGCUGGUAAAUUCCUAGUGAGCCAUUACUGUAAUUAAUUAAUGGAUGAAUUCCUAUCUAAUGCCUGGGAAUUCUACUGAGGGCAGAGCCACACUUCUCAUGUAUGGUCCAUCAGAGAGUGGUAUGUAGCAUUCAUAUGCUGCUGAUGGUAAAUUCCUAGUGAGCCCUUACUGUAAUUAAUUAAUGGAUGAAUUCCUAUCUAAUGCCUGGGAAUUCUACUGAGGGCAGAGCCACACUUCUCAUGUAUGGUCCAUCAGAGAGUGGUAUGUAGCAUUCAUAUGCUGCUGAUGGUAAAUUCCUGGUGAGCCAUUACUGUAAUUAAUUAAUGGAUGAAUUCCUAUCUAAUGCCUGGGAAUUCUACUGAGGGCAGAGCCACACUUCUCAUGUGUGGUCCAUCAGAGAGUGGUAUGUAGCAUUCAUAUGCUGCUGAUGGUAAAUUCCUGGUGAGCUAUUACUAUAAUGGAUGAAUUCCUCUCUAAUGUCUGGGAAUUCUACUGAGGGCAGCGCCACACUUCUCAUGUAUGGUCCAUCAGAGAGUGGUAUGUAGUAUUCAUAUGCUGCUGAAGGUAAAUUUAUAGUGAGCUAAUAUUAUAAUGGAUGAAUUCAACCGAGGUCUGUGCCACACUUUUCGUGUAUGUUUCAUCAGAAAGUUGUGUGUAGCAUUCAGAUCCUGCUGAUGGUAAAUUCCUAGUGAGCCAUUACUGUAAUGGAUGAAUUCCUCUCUAAUGCCUGGGAAUUCUAACGAUUUCAGGGACACAUUUACCAUGUAUGGUCCAUCGGAAAGUGGUAUGUAGUAUUCAAAUGCUGCUGAAGGUAAAUUCCUAGUGAGCCAUUACUGUAAUGAAUUAAUGGAUGAAUUCCUCUCUAAUGCCUGGGAAUUCUAACGAUUUCAGGGACACGCUUCAUAUGUUCCAUCAGAGAGUGGUAUGUAUCCAGGAAGACAACCGCAAUAAAAUACUAUGUGUGUGAAUGCUAAUUAUUUUAUUGAGGUUCUUAUGAGCGUAAGAGAAAGAUCACACAUUUUGACCUGUGUAGAAAACAGCUGUUAAUGGUCAGUUGAUAACGGACUUGUAACAAUUAUGCCCAGAUUACAAAGUUAGAGAACACAAAUCAAUGUGUUAACAUUUUUGCCACUAUAACAAUAAAUCAUCCCAGAAAUUUCGGUUGUAAUGAUCCCAUGUCUAUUCAACAGAGUUUCCGUAGCUUGGUGCGCACACAGUAUAGGGCUAGGGGCUUAAUAAACCUGUUCAGGGACCCUCCAAGACAUUAGAGUUGUGUGCUCUAAUGCAGCAUGGUCACCACAGGAACUGAAGAAAGAAAAUGAUGGCGGCAGCUUCGGUUACAGCUUUGAGUCUGUAUAGCACUGCUCCCCAAGUGGGCAUGUCACCUUAGGGGGUCUUUGCAAAAAGAUGACAGAGCUGCUUUAAGGCUACAUUCUAACAUUUACAUUUCAGUGAAUCAACGUUCGUGUAUAGUCAUAUUGCAUACCAUUCUCAGAGGAACAACCCCUCACCUCCCCAAUCUUAGCCCACCAUUGGAUGGGAUUGCACUUGAUCAUGUGGAUUUGUAUUUUAUUUUAUUUUUUCUAUUCUCAGUGCUGCUGAAGAGGAAGGCUAUAGAUGCCAAAGGCUUCUACUUACAUUGAGUUAACAUUCUGUACAUUGAGAAUUGUGCAACUGUCACUGUGCCCUCCAGCCAGGAACACUAUUUCAAUAUUAACCCGUUAGAACCGCUAGUGUUGAAAACUAAACAAUUGCGUCACUUUAAGUUUUAAAAGCCAUUGUGUUUCAACUGCAGGAAUUUGUUGGGAAUUAUUCACAUUUUCUACAAGAUACUGCUGUAGUGGAGAACUCUCUAUAUAGAAAUUAAAUAAAACCAAAAUCUAAGUUGAGCACAGUGUAAUAUUUGUGCCAGUUGAGGCAAGUUGCUGGCAUUUUGUCCGCAGCACUGACUGGCAGGGCUUAUUGUAUCACUGGCUCUCCCCCAUUCCACACCCACCAGUCUUCAUGAUUUUAUGUCACAGCAUUCCUAUAUUUUAUUGUUGUUUUAACAAGGAGGGCAUAGAGUACUACAUUGUUUAGCUUUUACUUUUGCUUAGGAAUAUAUUGUAAUGACUCGUGUUAGCCCCAAACUAUAUGUGAGACUGAGCUCAUCUUAAUUUGUAUGAGAUAAAACCAUAAACAUAAGAACAACUGUGGGCUUGUUUUAGUGUUUUUGUUUGCACUCUCUUCAAAGCUUUCACUGCAUUACCGUUUGAAACCUUUUCGUUUGUCUUGUGUUUGUGAUCUGUAGGUGCCCUUGCCUGCGUUGUCCCCUACAAUGCAGAAUGGAACCAUUGCUCGCUGGGAAAAAAAGGAUGGAGAUAAAAUUAAUGAAGGGGACCUUAUUGCUGAGGUAAGACUGGAGUAUGACCACAAUUACACAUACAAUAAGAAAUACAAAUGGUGAGAGCACUCAAAUAGAACAAAAACUUAUACAGUAAUAUUACCCAAACUGGAUUAUAACCCAAACUGGAUUAUAAUGCUGCGGCCGGUUCUGUCAGUGAGCGGGCGGGAGGGAGCCUCCCGCUCACUGACAGAACCGGCCGCUGCAUUAUAAUCCAGUUUGGGUAAUAUUACUGUAUAAGUUUUUGUUCUAUUUGAGUGCUCUCACCAUUUGUAUUUCUUAUUGUCACUUGUAUUUAUUUAGUGGUUCUUUGUGGCUCCACUAAGGUGAUUGUAGCACCAUUUUCCUUGUUUGGGAUUUUUUUCACCAGUAUAUUUUAUUGUUAUUUACAAUUACACGUACUUUAUUGAUAAGAAUGCGUACUGUACCAUGCUUUAAAAAUAAAUACAUAAAAAAAACACUUUGUGCAGUACUGACCCAGGAAGUACCUCUAGUGGCCGUCUGAGUGACUGCCACUGGAGGUGUCCCUAGGCUGUAAUGUUAACUCUGCCUUUUCUCUGUUUUCAUAUAAAUGCCUGCAGGGACAGACUAUAGACACCAGAACUACUACAUUAAGUUGUAGUUCUUCUGGUGACUCUAGUGUCCUUUUACGGGAAAAAUGUAUUUUUUUAUGAUAAAUAAAAUGCAACAACUCCACUUUUGUUUCUUCUCCUGUUGCUUUCUAAACAAGUCCUUUGAAAUAUUUCCUUGUUCUGCGAAGUCUGGUUGUUCCAUAGGCAUCAGCCUGCAUCAACAAAGUUUAAACUGUACAUUUCUCAAAAACUGAAUGAAUCAAGAGAAUUUGAAACUUAAUUGUUUUAUAGUUAACGGAACACUCUCCUCCUGGCAGUUACUCCUCUGCUGCUGAGAACAUCCGUCUGGAUCAUCUUUGGUCCAACCCAGUGCUUCUCUUAAGGAAGUAUUGAGGACCUAUCGGGCAUGCGCUGCAAUCACUGGGCUCAGACGAUCGAAUGCUUCUCUUUGACAAUUAUUGACCUCAAUGCUUCUUCACGAGAAGCAUUUUCUCCGGCUCUUUUACUAAAGUGAGAAUUCAAAGUGAAUUUCAAAUUGUAGAACAAAAUAGCCGACCUGGAAGAUUAGCCGACUUAGAGAUUUUUUACCAAUUGAACUAUUUGGGCCUCAAUUUUUCAGUUUAAUAAAAUAACCCUGACAGUGUUUGACUCGAAACGUGAAAAUUCAGUGAGCAAAGUUCCUUUAGCAGCUGUCUAUAAAUACUGAGUGUCGGGUGUUUAUGACAUCUUCCUAUUUACUUUUAUGCUAUUGAUGGAUUUGCGGCAGGUUCCAGGUGCAGGGAUGGCCAUGUUUGGCUAUAAUCUAGCAAAACUAGAAAACUUUACUUUUAGAUCCUUAUCUUCCUAUCCAAGAGGUAUCUAGGGUAUGCUGCUAUUUAAUCUCUCAUACCUUUCUCUAUUGCACAGGUAGAGACUGACAAAGCGACUGUGGGAUUUGAGAGCUUGGAGGAAUGUUACAUGGCCAAAAUUCUGGUGGCAGAAGGAACAAGAGAUGUCCCUAUUGGUUCCGUCAUCUGUAUAACUGUAGACAAGUGAGUAAAAGAUAAAGGAGGUUGAGCAUCUUCCUACCCACUUCAUAUGAGAGUGGAUAAACAAUUUCUACUAAAUAUGGUAUUUUAAUUCUGCUGGGGAAAAAAACUAACUUAUGUAAUCAUCCCUGGCUUUGCAAAGUCCAUUUUGCUAAAUUUCCAUAGCAUUAGCGAAAAAAAAAAAAAAAGCAUACUAGUUACAAGGACAGGUAUUUCAAAAUGUAUUUAUUUUUGCAAGGCUAUAGUAGUCAAAUUAUUUAUAAAUAAUUUGUAUAUGUUUUAUUACUACUGGGCUAAAAACCUUAUUUCAAGAAACGUCAAAAGCAUAGACAUGUAGAUAUUUCAGCAUGGCUUGUGUUAAGAGUUUAACCCCUUAAGGACCAAACUUCUGGAAUAAAAGGGAAUCAUGACAUGUCACACAUGUCGUGUGUCCUUAAGGGGUUAAACAUUUUAUUCAGUUUGCUUUUUCCCCAAGGUUUUUGAUUUUGGUUUUACAGUGU